CCGUUGGAUAACUGGAAACGCGAAGGGGAGGAGGGGGGGCACGAGCUCGCGACAGGCCGCGGCUGAACAAUGACUGACGCGGACAGCCGAAGAAGAGAGUAACAAACUUCGGGGAUAAAAAAAAAGUCUCCAGAGCCCAAAAAACCCGUCGCGUCUCGCAGCUGCCGCGGGCUUCAACCGGCCCCACAAGAUGAGCGUGGACAAAGCAGAGCUGUGUGACUCCCUGCUGACGUGGAUACAGACCUUUCAGGUGCCGUCAUGCGACAGCGAGCAGGACCUGACGAGUGGAGUGGCCCUCGGACACGUGCUGCACAGGAUAGACCCCGCCUGGUUUAAUGAGACGUGGCUGGGCAGGAUCAAGGAGGAGAGCGGGGACAACUGGCGCCUCAAGGUCAGCAACUUAAAAAAGAUUCUAAAGAGUACGCUGGACUAUUACCAUGAUGUGCUCGGUCACCAGGUGUCGGAUGAGCACCUGCCCGACCUGAACCUCAUAGGAGAGAUGGGAGACGUCACUGAACUGGGCAAGCUGGUGCAGCUCGUGUUGGGCUGUGCUGUCAGUUGUGAGAAGAAACAAGAGCAAAUCCAGCAGAUAAUGACACUUGAGGAAUCCGUCCAGCACGUCGUGAUGACAGCCAUUCAGGAGCUCUUAUCAAAGGAGCCUCUGUCGGAAGCAGGAAGCCCAGAGACCUACGGGGACUCUGACUACCAGUCCAGGAAGUAUUAUUUCCUAAGCGAAGAGGCAGACGAGAAGUUGGACCUGAGCCAGCGCUGUCGAGACCUGGAACGCCAGCUGUCGGUGGCCCUGGAGGAGAAGUCUUCCCUACACGCAGAGACGCGCUCUCUCAAGGAGAAGCUGAGCCGCUGCGACUCUCUGGACGCCUCCGCCACCGCCAUCACUGGCAAGAAGCUGCUGCUGCUGCAGAGUCAGAUGGAGCAGCUUCAGGAGGAGAACUACAGACUGGACACCAGCAGAGACGACAUGCGUGUGCGGGCGGAGGUCCUGGAGCGCGAGGUGAUCGACCUGCAGCUCCGGAACGAAGAGCUCACCAGCCUGGCUCAGGAGGCGCAGGCCCUCAAAGACGAGAUGGACAUUCUGAGGCACUCGUCUGACCGGGUAAACCAGCUGGAGGUGCUCGUGGAGUCCUACAAGAGGAAGCUGGAGGACCUGGGAGACCUGCGCAGGCAGGUGCGCCUCCUGGAGGAGCGCAACACGGUGUACAUGCAGCGCACCUGCGAGCUGGAGGAGGAGCUGCGCAGGGCCAACGCCGUGCGCAGUCAACUGGACACCCUCAAGAGACAGGCUCACGAGCUCCACACCAGGCACUCGGCGCAGGCCGUGAAGGCUGAGAAAUGGCAGUUUGAGUACGAGAACCUUUACGACAAGUACGACGCCCUGCAGAAAGAAAAAGAACGUCUGAUCUCUGAAAGAGACACCCUUCGAGAGACAAACGACGAGCUCCGGUGUGCACAGGUGCAGCAGAGGGGUCUCGGUGGAUCUGGAGGCUUAUGUGACAGUGGUGUCACCGUUGGAAACCUCGCUGCAGAGAUCAUGCCCACCGAGCUCAAGGAGACGGUGGUGCGCCUCCCGAGCGAGAACAAGAUGUUGUGUGUCCAGGAGGAGACCUACAGGCAGAAACUAGCGGAGGUGCAGGCCGAGCUGGAAGAGGCUCAGCGCAGCAAGAACGCCCUGGAAACUCAGAACAGACUAAACCAUCAGCAGAUCUCCGAGCUGCGCUGUCAGAUCGAGGAGCUGCAGAAGGCGCUCCAUGAGCAGGACAGCAAGGCGGAGGACGCCAUCUCCUCCUUGCUGAAGAAAAAGCUUGAGGAGCAUUUGGAGAAGCUGCAUGAAGCUCACUCGGACCUCCAAAAGAAGAGGGAGGUCAUUGACGACCUCGAGCCCAAAGUGGACGGCAGCAUGCCAAAGAAGAUAGACGAGCUGCCAGAGAGUUUUGGGGAGAAGGACGAGGACAUGAAGCAGAUUGAGGAGCGAUACAAGCGCUACGUGGAGAAAGCGAGAACGGUGAUUAAAACCAUGGAUCCCAAGCUGCAGCCGGUGGCUGCGGCUCCAGACGUUCAGGCCCUCCAGAACCAGCUGACGGAGAAAGAGAGAAAAAUCAAGCACCUGGAGCACGACUACGAGAAGAGCCGAGCCAGGCAUGACCAGGAGGAGAAACUCAUCAUUACUGCAUGGUACAACAUGGGCAUGGUGUGGCAUCAGAAAGUGACCGGCGAGCGGCUCGCUCCCUCUAACCAGGCCAUGUCGUUCCUCGCCCAGCAGAGGCAGUCCACCAACGCCAGGAGGGGCCUGACGCGCCCCCAGCCCAGGUGAGGGGUCCGGGCGGGAGGCCUCACGUGAUCCGUGGUCUACUCGUCCCCUGAGCCCCCCUGUAUCUUUGCCUUAAUGCCUUCUAUUUAAACUGGAUCGCUGCACCUCAGAGAGUAUUCUCCAUGUUGCUGCUGCCCCCUGCUGGCACUUAAUGGUAAAGCGUCUUCUUUUUUUCCCGGAGGAGAGCGGUACUCUCCUGCUGAUUUAGAUGGAGUUAACUCACAAAAACAGAAAUGAAUGAAGAGCCCGUCUCACCUUUUUAUUAGGUUGGCUUUUAUUUCCUCUUGGACUGUUGGUCUGUUUUUAACGUUUUUCUUUUUCUCUCGUGUUAUUCAAUAGGAUGAACUGUUCAAAUGCUGUAGUCGAGAGAGUAGAGUUUUACUGUAUUUUAGGUGCUGAAGAAGACGAAGUCACAUAUAGAUUAUUGUACAGAUUAUCACAUUGAGCCUCUUUGGUUUUGUUCAUUCGUUUUGGAUUUUCCUGUAACUUCGUUGUCAUGACUGUGUUUUGAGGAGUUUGACCUUUUUUUUUUCUUCUUCUAAUUUGACGGACCUUGAGAAGAUGUAAAGGCCACAAGUGUCAGUGUGUGUUAUUGGCUUUAGUCCUUGUGUCCCUUUUUUUUUUGCAUCCACUUGAAUAAUCUUCUCCAAUGUUAAUAUUCAUAAUUAUAGUCUAGUCUUCCCUAGAAGGGUGCGUUUGUUUAGUGCCUCACAGAAAUCUAAACGCUCCCUCUAUCGACGUGUCGGCCCUCUUCUCCCCGUCUCACUGGGCUCAAAUAUAGUUGGACGACACGUCACACUGCAGGCUCGUUUUCAUACAAUGAUGGUACUUCGACUCCUUCCUAUAAUUUUUCUGAACAAAGUUCUCUAAAUAUGAAUUUGAUGAUUUCAUCAAAAGUAUUUAUUUUUUUAUGCCCCUUUUCCCAAAGUUUGUAACUUUAGUUGUGUAAAGGACCUAAUUGCACUCAUUACUUUUGACUCUACACUCAUUUUAAUAUAGGCAAUUUAAGGCCUCACACUUUACUGCAGACACUGGAAUCCAUAAUGUGGUUUGAGUCCAUGAUCAUGAUGAUGAUAAUAAUAAUAUGACUGUUUACCACCGCUGGACCUCAUUUGCAUUGUAACUGAACUGGAAGCAAAUAAGCUGGAAUGGUUUUGUGAACACAAUAUCUCCGGCUGUGUGUGUGACAGACCAUUUAUCAACACUACGUCGGACUCUGAUCUCUAAUGGUUCGUUUCCCUUUUCAAUGGACGUAGUCCUUCGAUUCCGUCCCCGAUCAGCGCUACUGUUGAGUGACUUGUACUUUGUCCCUGUGCGUGGUUGCUAUGACGACCAGAGACCUGUUGUGAGACCUGUUGUGUUCAUACAUUGUUCUGUUCUUUACUGAAGUUCCAUUGUUAGUUGAUAUUUAUGGUGUUGCGUCACUUUCUUUGCUGCACAUUUGCAUGGCUUGAGGGGGUUAACUUUUAGGCAGUUUGAUUGUGUCAUGCAGUGGUCUCGUGGAUCAUAGUCGUCUUCUCACAGGGAUCUGAGGCAAGUUGGAAAUCUGUAGCAUGUCUGUUCUACUUUUGCACUACAAAUAAAUGGGAUCUUAAGACAAGAAA